AUAAUACUUAAAAUGGCGCCAAUAUUUGUAAACAAGUUCAGUCGGAGUACUCUAAUAUGAAGUUCAGUAAUCAUGUCAAGACCAACAACAAACCAAACUAAUCCCGGCGACAGACGCAGAACACGUGUUGUAAGAAGAGCUCGCCAUGAAACAUUGGAAGAGGAAGAGGAAACUGAGGAAGUGAUUGAGAGACCAAGGGGCUAUAAACCUCCCACUGCCGACUUUAACACGGACCACAUGCGGAGGUUUCUUGGUUACCUGGAGGAGACAGAGGUACAGAAAAAGUUCCAAGGUCUAAUGAAGCAGUUACUGAGUCUCCCAAUGCUGCCCUACAAUCCAUACCCUGGGUUUGUGAUGCGGUUUUCUGGUCUAGAAGAGAGGUUUCUUCUCAAUCUCAUUGACGGAACCUUAAUAUAUUCUUUAAUGAACACAGAGUUUGAUAGCUCAUACCUUGAUGAAGUGGUUUGUGUGCGGGGACAUCGCUAUGUGUGGGGCCUGAGGGAGGUAGUAAGUGCUGUGUCCCCCUCCAGACUCCAGAAGUACUCCUGGCUAGUGACCAACCUCAGUACAUUUCCCGGCUAUACUAGGAAUUUGACACUAUCCCUAGUUGGCCCAGCGGUCUUUGAAGGAGUGUAUUACUCAGAGGUUCAUGUGCCCCAGUUUAGACUGGAAAUGACCAUCUAUCAGCCAGAUCUACCAGAGGGUAUUCAGGAAUUCGCUCAUGCAAUCAUUAGUCAUAUGGAACACCUCAACAAGAGUCAUCAGGUGACAGAUAUUUAUAUUCCACAUCAUGAGAAAAUGCACUUUCUGGAUAAAUGGGAUAUUGAGAGCAUUCAGAGAGAAAAGACAGAGUUUGAGCAGGCAGUAAGCCGCGCUGUGCUCUACCAUCUGUUUCCUACCGUCGAUUGUGUCUUCCGACUGGACCCUAAUGGGGAGAGAUACACUGCUGGUCAGAUCCAAUAUACUGUCAAUUUUAGACACCCACCAGAGGGUUUCACAGCUUUUCAGGAGGAUAUCAAACUACCCGAGGUUGGGAUCCCAAUGUUCUCUCUGUAUGAUGGAGUGUACCUAGAAAGAAACCAUGCAGAAUACUACAUUGGUCUCUUCACACCAGACCCAAAAACGAUGACUGAAGGGGUUUCUAUCAGUGGACCAUUCAGCCAGAAGGUCACAGCAGGAGUCAGAGAUUACUUAAUGAAGAGAAUAGCAGGAUGUGUGAUGUUUGCCGAGUUCUCAGAAGCUGUAUACUGGUCUAUACUGCUGUACCAAAUGAACAGGUCUUCUUACCCCAGUGAGAUAGCAGAGGAAAUCCUGAAGCUGUGCAGCUCCACUCUGGGUCAGCUGAACGUUCUGUGGGACAUGUGUCAGAGCCUGGUGAUAGUGACCAAAGCCCAGCAAAAGGAUGGACAUUACAGUGAUGAGAUCAGAAGACAGAUGGAACAUUUCAGGAAGACAGCAGCGGUGAUGCUUGAUAUAACACUAAUUGAACGAAACCUAAGCAUGAAAUGCUUGGGUGAUUUCUUGAUCUCUAAAUUUGACACCUUUCUAUCCAGUGAAUAUACUUCCUUUGAGGUACACAAGGACCUUUCAGAGCUGUACUUUUACAUCCAGGGCAUGUUGAUUCAAGUCUCCCAACAUAUGGUUGAACUCUGUCCAGCACUGAAAUCAGAAAUCUUAGAUGUUGCUCUAGUAAAUCACUCAAAUGCCCAGCCUGAACCAAUUUUCACUCGACGUCAAAGACCUGACGCUAAUGGAGGAGUGAGACAUAACCCUGAUGUUGUACAUGGAAUGGAGGACGAGAAGAUGAGAGAUCUAGAACAUGAACGCAUGGUUGUGGAUGUGGCAGCUAAUGGUGGUGAUUAUAAUCAGAUGAUAAGGACUGAGGGGGUCCUAAUGCAAUACUCCGUUGACACACACCUGGAUGAGUCGUGGCACAAAUUUUUGACUGCUCUGCUGAAUAAGGACCACCUUCCUCCCAAUCCUUACCCCACACUCAUCUCACUGUUCCGAGAGCAGGCCAUGAGAAUGGACCUUGUAUAUCAGCCGAAGUCCCAUAUCACAAGGUCAUUGUUUCAAAUCCACCCUAUCUCUGAAGAAAAGGAAAGCAAAACAGAGAAUAGGCAAUCAGAUAUUUACAAAGUUAAUGGAGUAGAUGCCCAUGGUCUGUUGAGCUCUGUGUAUGUUUUGGACAAUGCUGGGUUCAUUUCAAUCAGUGAAGUUGUUCAGCCUUUGAUUCAGAACAGAAAGUCGGAGAUGAGAAAACAAUUCUUGAUAAAUGUUGGAACAGCAUUGAGUGGUCCUAGUAUUCUGUAUGGGAAGGCCCAGCCGUACCUGAAGACAAUAGACCUCCACGAUCACUACUACAUCCAGGGGCCGGUGGAGCAGAAGGAGGAGGCUGUCAGGGUGUUUGCCAGUAUGGUGGAGACUUACAUUGUGGAGUUGAUCCAUAAGAACUCUGUUCCUGUGCUGGGCCUCUAUUUCCCCUCGGAGCGCUGGUCCUGGGAGAAUAUCAUCAACAGACACGAGAAGAAGGGAUUCUCGGAAUUCUCCACCGUAAUAUUCCAACAUGUUCAGCGGAAAGAACCAUUCUACAUGAAGGCUAUGGUUCUGAUAGACUGGAGAUACGUAACUGUGGAGAAAUAUUUCUUGCUGCAUCACCUCACUGACAAAUUUAUUGAUCCUGACCUCUUUUACCCAGAAAGUGGAGUAACAAUCUACCAGAGUGUGUUUUUCUCUAAAGAAAAAGCACAGUUCCAUCGUCAAAACGGACAGCUGGAGUACGUCCCGGAAUUACUGGAACAGGACGUCACGGCAGCGGAGGAACGUGUCGAUCAGCUAAUUGCUAUCGGAGCCCGGCAAAACGAAUGGCUGGAGGUCCACAGGGGGGUACUGCUCAAAAGCCUGCUAGGAAUGGUUAGAGAUGACAACAUAAAGGAAAUCACCGAUACUGAUGUAGACCAUUUUGAGGUUUUGUCUAAGGAGCAGACUUACAUAGUGGAGGCCUGGUAUGUUCUUCAUAGUAUGGCAGCUCAGAUGGAGUAUAUGAUCGCCUUGACUGGUUCCCUGCAGGACCUGACACAGCUCUUUAUGGAGAUGGACCAGUACAAAAAGAAGUAUGAUGAUUACAUGGCUAAAGUCACGAAGGAAGAAAGGCCACCUACACCACCAAAGGAGCAAAAGAAGAAGGAAAAGGAGAGAAAAAAGAAGGAAAAGUUAGCCAAAGAAAUGAGAGAGAAGGAGGAGAAAACAAAUAAAGUCAGCUUGUUAGAGAGGCAGAAGAUGAUAGUGAAUGAGAAAAAUGCAGAAGAGGUGAAGGCUGAGGAGGAAAAGGAGGAGGAAGAAUUGUGGGAAGAAGAGUUUGAGAAGAAACAGACCCCAGGUGUGGUAGUGUCUAGUAAGAAGGCAGGAUUUGCAGUCAUUGAGGACUUUAAGAUGAUCCUAGAUGAAGCCAUUUUAAGUAGGAUGGUGAUGAUUUACUGGAGGAAGCUGAUGCAGGUCCUGUCUGCCAAAAUCUUCAUGGUGACUCCGAGUCUGAGGCGGUACAUAGAGCUCCGCCUCUCUCCCUGUCUAGAAGAUGACCCUCAGUCAGGCAACUUCUACCUAGCUUACAAACAACAGACAAUUGAGCGACUUGAAGAAAUCAAACAUCUCCUACACGCGGUGCAGGUCUCAUUGUCUUAUGACGUGCACAGAAUUUGUCCAGAGGCACAGGCACUGGUAGAAGAAUUGUUGUCCAAAUAUCCAGAGCAUGGAAACGAGCAGAAACCAACAUCACAUUGAUCUUCCAUUUCUCGGUGUAUCAUUUUUGUGGUAAAACUUGAUUCUUUGAUGAAAAUUUCAACUUUGAAUACCAUCCACUGGAAGAUUGUUUCUAUCAAACAGAAUGCACUGUGAUAUUGGUCAGAACUUCCACAUGUUAAAUCUAUAAUGUCACUCCAAAUAAGUCUCAUGUAAAGAAAAUCAUUCACAGAAAUUUCUCAGGAGAUGUUCACCACACAAAUUUCACAUUAAAUUUUUUAAUCCGUAUCAUGCCUCUGUUAUGAAAUUCAGUUUACACAACAAGUUUUGAGAGGCACAAUUGUGUGAAAUCCAGAUAAAAAUGCUGCUAAAAAAGAAAGCACAAAACAGCUUAUUCAAAACAAGCAUUGUAAUGCAGAUGGAUUAUCAAUUUUUAAACUAUGAACUGACAUGUAACUUGCUGAAUAAAUGCUC